AAAAAGCACAUGAAAGAUUUAUCAAAAUUGACACUGGGGUUGAGGCCCAUUUAGUAAGCUUUUUUUGAAAUGUCACAAAGUGACCUUAUACUGAAUAUUCGUUUAAUUAAAAGUUUCGAAUAUCGCAAUAUAAAGUAUUUGGUACUGAAAAAUGUUGCCCCGUCAACAACUGGUAGAGAACUGAAGGAACUCAUCGAUAGUAAAAUCAGGUCAUCGCAGAAUCUUACAACCUUUGUAAAUUGUCCCUUCGACACUGUCAAAAUAUAUACCUUAUCUGAUCAGUCUUUUAAGGACCAUUCUUUGGUUAUCAACUUUGACCAAGAAGGCUGGAUUAUCGGAGAUGGUGAAACUUUACAGUCAAAGGGAAUUUCCAGUGGAGCUGAAGUAUCGUAUUUUAAUAUGGAACAGUACCGGCGUUUUAAAGAGAACCCCAUAUUGAAAUGGUGAUCUUGUGUUAGAAGGAGAUUCGUUGUUAGUUUUCUUGAAGACUUUAAGUCUUUGUUGGAACUCGUUUUCAUCGGAAUGAACCAAACAUGACUAUGCUGUUUCUUGCGUUGAAAAGGAACUUUGUGGUAACUCAAGUUUUCAAAUAGUAAGUUUCUUAGUGUAAACCUCUCUGAUGAAAGCAAAUAUGCUGCCCAAUGCUUUUCCAAUUCUUAAGCUAUGCUAGUUUUAAACUAAUUAUAAGCAAAGACGUGCGGAAAAUUCGUAGUUUCGGGCAGUUGGCCUUUCUCUCAAUAUCGGUUCUUUCAACGUUGUGGAAGGAAAGAGCUAUCUUGAUCUAACUAGCUAUGGCAAAGAUUGCUGAAAACUAAGAAAGCAAAAAAUUUGUGA